AUGCGUGGAACGGAAGCUGCUCGUUCGGUGGCGAACUUCCUUCUCUUCGACAAGGAUCCACUAAUGCAGAGAAAUAAAUACUCCUACAAUAGGCAAUUCAAUAAAGACGAGCUUUUCGAGCCGGAUCAGCGAAUGGUGGAAGUUUACAAGCAGCGCACAUUGGAAGAACGAUAUUUAAAUUUUAUUGAGGAAAAGUUUAAGUUUGUCAACAAUGAGUUCCCACCCGAAAUGCAAGACGACAGGAAGAAAUUUGACGACACCAUUUCCAUAGAAGACAAAUUUGACUACGCAGCCGUAGGAAAACUACUCUCCCAAACUGAGUGCAAGGCGCUUCGCUCAAGUUUUCCCGAUCCUCAUAGUGAACAGAUCCUAAAGGAACUGGAGGAACGCAUCAAGCUUCUUUGGCCGACAGCCAAGUUCACUGAACGUGCCUGUAGCCGCGAGGCACGUACGGCUGCUUGCCCUCGAGCCGUUGUGCUCUCGAUCGAAAACGACGACUGCUCGGAGUGGCUGGGAGCUAUGCACACUGGUUGCGCAAUUGUUUUCUGCACAUAA